UGCCUUCUUUCCUCACAACACUGUCUUCUCCUCUUUUCUCUGUUAAAACAAAUUUCCUCAUUCAAUCUCUCUUAUUAAAAUCCCUAAUCUUCACAACACACCAACACAAAGAAACCCUUAUUGAAUCGAUUCGAAUCGAAUUGAAUUGAAUUGAAUUCGAAUCCCAAUAACAACAGAAACAAAAAUGGCUCUGAGAAUUAACCCACUCUCCACCCAAACAUCCUCCUUAGGCCUUCCACACAUGGCAAGCUUCAGAUCUCCCAAGUUCUUCAUGGCAUCCACCCUCAGUUCCGGUUCCAAAGAGGUUGAAAAUCUUAAGAAGCCUUGCACACCUCCCAGAGAAGUGCAUGUUCAAGUAACCCACUCUAUGCCACCCCAGAAGAUUGAAAUUUUCAAAUCUUUGGAGGAUUGGGCUGAGGAGAACAUCUUGGUUCACCUUAAACCUGUAGAAAAAUGUUGGCAACCACAGGAUUUUCUACCAGAUCCUUCCUCAGAUGGAUUUGAAGAGCAAGUGAAGGAACUGAGAGAGAGGGCGAAGGAGAUUCCAGAUGAUUACUUUGUUGUCCUGGUUGGAGACAUGAUCACAGAAGAGGCUCUUCCUACAUACCAGACAAUGCUUAAUACUUUGGAUGGAGUUCGUGAUGAAACAGGUGCCAGCCUUACUUCAUGGGCAGUUUGGACUAGGGCAUGGACUGCUGAAGAAAAUAGACAUGGUGAUCUUCUUAACAAGUAUCUUUACUUGUCUGGGCGUGUUGAUAUGAAACAAAUUGAGAAAACAAUUCAGUAUUUGAUCGGGUCUGGAAUGGAUCCUCGGACUGAGAACAGCCCCUACCUUGGAUUCAUUUACACUUCAUUCCAAGAAAGGGCUACCUUUAUAUCCCAUGGAAACACGGCCAGACUUGCUAAGGAGCAUGGUGAUAUAAAGUUGGCUCAGAUCUGUGGUAUGAUUGCCUCUGAUGAGAAACGCCAUGAGACUGCCUACACAAAGAUAGUGGAAAAGCUGUUUGAAGUUGAUCCUGAUGGAACAAUAAUGGCGUUUGCUGACAUGAUGAGGAAGAAAAUUGCUAUGCCAGCACACCUGAUGUAUGAUGGCCGAGACGACAACCUGUUUGAGAACUAUUCUUCCGUUGCCCAGCGCAUUGGAGUUUACACUGCCAAGGACUAUGCUGAUAUACUUGAGUUUCUGGUUGGGAGGUGGAAGGUGGAGAAUCUAACUGGACUCUCAGGUGAGGGACGAAAGGCUCAGGAUUAUGUUUCUGGGCUGCCAUCAAGAAUCAGAAGGCUGGAGGAGAGAGCUCAAGGAAGAGUCAAGGAAUCAUCAAGACUUCAAUUCAGUUGGAUUCAUGACAGGGAAGUACUACUCUGAACACACCAAGGAGCAUCAUCAAUCCUCCAGAAACCCUUUUCUCGGAUAUAUGCUGAAUUGUUGAAAAUUCAGUUUGUCAUUUGGAUUUUUUUUUAUUUUUUUUUAAUCCCAUGUUAUAUGUCACUGUAAGGUGAAACUGUUGUUCGUACGUGUUUCACUAGUUAAGAUUAAGCACAUAGGGCAGCUGUGUAUUAGAAAUGCUUUUUUUUGUGUUUCCCUUUUCUUUGUGUUAGUGAUCUCUGUCUUAAGUAUAAACAAACGUUUUUCUCUGCCAAUUUUGAUGAUAAAGAAAAUUUAGUUCUUCGGUGGUUUGUUCUAGUGUGGAAAAAGUCGAAGGCAGUG